AUGUCCUGCCACGAUAGCUGCUGUGGCACACCCAAGCACCAGACUUCACCUGCCAUCUUCUCGAGCAUCCUCGCCGCACCCUCUCGAUCCCCCACCCCCGACCCGACCAUGGGCGGAUCGAGCCAGCACGACUUUUCCUUCAAGCCGGACCUGGCCUUCGAUUCGCACCCCUUCUUCGCCAACCGAAGCCAGGGACAGACCGGCAGCGGUAGCGGUGGCGGCACCGGCGCCGCUUCGGGAUUCGGCUUCUCGUUCAGCGAGAUGCGUUCCUCGAGCUCGUCGUCACAGAGCGCCGGCGAUGCUGAGCCAAAGACGACCAGCUCCCACAGCUCCUCGUCUGGCAGCUGGUUCCACCCAGCUCAGGCGGAUCCCGGUGCGGGUGCCGCCAACAGCACCACCAGCUCCUCCUGGAGCAACAGCUUCUCGUCGUCGUCGUCGUCGUCGUCGUCGUCGUCGUCCUACUCGUCCACCUCAGAGGAGCGCACCGUCAACGGCGCGAGGGUCGAUGGGGCCAGUCAGCAGAGCGAGGAAAAGACUCAGGCCCAGGCAAGCUUCCACUGGCAGAGCUGA